GAUUGUCCUGGUUCUUCUUCCAAGAAUGCACAUAGUAAUCGGGCCUCACGUGUGGACAGAGGAUAUCGGAAAAGAAGGGAGGAUUGGAACCCCAGGGGGUCCUGCAAUCCGAGAAAGAUCGUCCAGCGUCUCGACGUCAAAGACCGAUAGGCCCACUGGCAUCAGACAACAGAGCAGAAGAGGACCGACAUGCCAAACUGGUGGUCAGACAGCGACUGCGCGCGCGACACGUGUUUCGAACGCCUCACUUCGCCGCAGAACGAAGAUGUCCAGCGGGUUGGUGGUCGGAAUGCUUCUGAGAGAGAACCGCUGGGAACGUCCUGCGUGUCUGGGUCGAACCGCUGCUUAUAGGCGGAGGUUGAACGGGAUGCUUGGUACCCAGACAUGGGCAAGGCAGCGUGUGCUGGCAGCUUGCUGUCCUUCCGAGCGAGCGCUGGGGGGGUCGCCUACGUUGCAUGUUUGCCAGCAGAGUGUUCGCUAGCCCGGGUUAUCAAUACUGCUUGCGAAGGAUUGCGUUCGGCUCAACUCUCUCCUGGGAACGAUGACGUCUGGGGGUACUGCCAGGCACGUCAGAUCGCCGGUGGAGGGGAAUCAGGCCUGCCCCGCAGAGGCAGCGGUCCAGGAGAGGUCAGAACUCCGUGGGGCCCGCGAUUCGAGUUCCGGUCCUCCCUCGGGCGUGUGAACACCAUUCUCAUCAGCGUCGACUAGGGCAGUGGGGCAUGGACAAAACCAGGCCAAACAAGUUUUGUGCCCAAACGUUUCGAGCGCUAAAUACACGGCGUCUAAGAGGUUAGACGCUCAGCCCAGAGGCGGUAAGCGCUCUUGUGGUUCGCGGCAGCUUU